GAAUGGCUGUUACUUGUGGACAUCCUCCCUACGUGGCUCAGACACCGCUGCUGCUGACUUGCCUCCUUUGCUGUUCCUUUCCCAGUCCUCCGUAUGCUCCAAGAUCGUCCAGCUGCUGGGCCAGAACGAGGUGGACUAUCGCCAGAAACAGGUGGUGAUCGUGAGCCAAGACAGCUUCUACCGGGUGCUCACCUCGGAGCAGAAAUCCAAAGCACUCAAAGGCCAGUUCAAUUUUGACCACCCAGAUGCCUUUGACAACGAGCUCAUCGUGAAAACACUCAAAGAGAUCACGGAAGGGAAGACGGUCCAGAUUCCUGUCUAUGACUUUGUCUCCCACUCCAGGAAAGAGGAGACGGUGACCGUGUACCCUGCCGACGUGGUGCUCUUCGAAGGCAUCCUGGCCUUCUACAGCCAGGAGGUGCGGGAUCUCUUCCGCAUGAAGCUCUUUGUGGACACGGACGCAGACACCCGGCUGUCCCGCAGAGUGCUACGAGACAUCAGUGAGCGAGGCAGGGACCUCGAGCAGAUCUUAUCUCAGUACAUCACCUUCGUCAAACCUGCCUUCGAGGAGUUCUGUUUGCCAACCAAGAAGUACGCGGACGUGAUCAUUCCGAGAGGAGCGGAUAAUGAAGUGGCCAUAAACCUGAUAGUGCAGCACAUUCAGGACAUUCUUAAUGGAGGACUCAGCAAACGCCAGAGCAACGGCUACCUGAAUGGCUACCCUCCUCCUCGCCAGCGGCAGCCCUCAGAGUCCAGCAGCCGGCCUCACUGACCCCGGGCGGCAGGCGUGAGGCUGGGGGCGAAGGGCGCUCGGGCGCCUGCCCCUCUGUACAUACUGUACGUUCGUUCCCCCCUUAUCUAUUUAAGAAACCAGACGGAGAUGAAUGCCUUUAAUUUUGUAUGUUGGAAAUGCCGAACGAGAAGCAGCCGGCUGCUCAGGAGCCUGGACCGCCCACAGCUCCUGGCCUUGCUCAAUAACUCCUCCAGCACGGAACCGGCUAUAAAUCUCUAUAAAUAUAGAAUUGCUCUAUUUUUGUGUAAAUGCAGAAUAA